AUGGGACAAAUCAUGGAAAUAACUGGCGAAGAUGUUGAUUAUAUGUUUGAGGAUUACGGUGAUGAAGAGCUUCUAUGGGGUAAAGAAUUGAGUCCUCAGUGGUGUGAAUCACCAAUUGUAAAUUCAACGCUGGGUGAUCGCGUAACGCUGAGAAGUUUCUUUAUUGAAGCUAAUUCGAAAGGUCAGUAUGCGACUGAAACAGUGGCUGAAGUGAGUUGUGGAUCAGAAAGACGACUGAAACUUGAAGAAGGUGUCAUUCAUCCACUGAGUAGUGUACAUUUGCGCUGUACAUUGAAUAGUUCUGGAAGUGGCGGUAUAUGGUUAUUGAUCGGUAGUGGUGGUGCUGUAACAUACAGUAAUCGUCCAGGUUGUGCUUAUGGAAAUCCAACAUUCCAUAUAUGCGAGUUGCCUCAUCUAAUUCAUCGCGGUCUAAGCGUUAAUGCUACCAAAAACUCUCGAUUUUUCAGACAUAAUGAUACGUUGAUUGUCAGAUGUGCUUUGGCACAGAAUACGUUACAUCCACCAGGGAAGCACACAUUACGAUGUAUUAACAGUCAAUGGGUCUAUGAAGUUAACGAUGUACCGAGCGGUCUCAAAUAUCCAAACUGCGCUACACGAAGUAUCUGUACAACUCGACAAAUUCCGCAUUUCCUUGAUUUUAUCACCAAUGGCAUUAACUGUAAAGGAAAAUCUACAAGCUGCCUUUCUCCAAAAACGUUACUUCCACUGGGUACCAAGCUAGAGCUAAGAUGCAAGGAUGAUACAACUCGUCUUAUUGGUCCCUCCUCAGUGGUAUGCCUCAAUUCUGCAUCACAUUCCGGUUCUGGCUGGUACCCACCCAAGUGGCCAAGUUGUAUUCCAAAAUUAACUUGUCCUGAACCUUUCAUUCAGAAAGGUGCUUACAUUACCUCUAACCUAUCCAGUGCUACUUUUCGGCGAGGUAUGCAAGUAUGGUUCAAGUGUUGGGAAGGCUAUAUUUUAUACGGCAGUGAGAUGAUCGUAUGCUUGAAGUCAGGCCUAUGGAAUGAUUCAUUCCCUGAAUGCAUUGCGGAUGAAAAUGGAGUGAACGAAGAUUCAAUCACAGUUUUAUUAUUCGUACUAACAUGUUGUUUAUCUGUUAUACUUGUCAUAAUGUUUCGAGCUGUUUACCGACAAAAUCAAUGGCUCAAACAUCGGCAUGAAUCGACUGCAUCAGCUACUGAAGAAAUGCUUCUGAAAACAAUGAAUUGUUCCAUUACAAUCGACUACCGUGAAGCAAAUGAUGCCACGUGA